UAAAUACACAAAGCUCAAUGUUUCAGAAUUGGUCGACGAGCUGAGAAGAGACCAUUCCUUGGCAGUGAUUUUUCCCAAAAGACAUUUUAAUAUGGUUGGCGUCGCGCGGGCAGCAAGGCAAACGGCGCCCAUGUUGGCGCGACAGGCCUGUUCCUGUUCCCGACAGCUAGCCGCUGUCGCGGUUAGUGGCGUCUCCAGAGGGCUCAGGGCGCCGCUGCUGCCAGGCGGGACCAGGUUGGCCAUCGGCUGCACCAGAAGCUUCUCGCAGUCGAGGCAUCGGAGGUCGGUUGCGGCCCCCGACGUUGACCGGGCCGCCUCCAAGGUGUGGAAGAGCGCGGACGAGGCUGUUUCCGACAUCAACAGCGGUUCCGUGAUUCUGAGUUCCGGGUUUGGCUUGUGCGGCGUCGCCUCAACACUCAUCACGGCACUCCGGAACCGAGGACCCGAAUCCCUCCACUCGCUGACCGUCGUGUCCAACAAUGCCGGAGCCGAAGGGCGCGGGGGAUUGGCUCUGCUGACCGAAAACGGGCAGGUAGACCGCAUGAUCAUGUCCUUCCUGGGCUCGAACAAGAAGCUGGAGCGCCAGUACCUCACGGGCAAGAUCGCGGUCGAGCUGUGCCCCCAGGGGACGCUGGCUGAGAGGAUACGAGCGGCGGGGAGCGGGAUCCCGGCCUUUUUUACCCCAACUGGCGGCAAUACACUCGUACAGCAAGGGGCUAUCCCUGUCCGGUUCGACGCCGACGGAAACGUGGUCGAGUACGGCAGGCCGCGCGAGACGAGGAUAUUCAACGGCCGGACCUACCUGAUGGAGACGGCCUUGCCCGGCGACGUGGCCAUCCUGCGGGCCUGGAAGGUGGACAAGGCGGGCAACUGCGUGUUCCGCUAUACGACCAAGUCCUUUGCGCCCCUGAUGGCCAAGGCUGCCAAGCUCGCCAUUGUCGAGGCCGAGAACGUUGUCGAAGUAGGCGAGAUCGAUCCCAACGACGUCGACCUCCCCGGCAUCUUUGUCGACCGCAUCGUCCCGGCCACCGAGCCGUCCCAGAUUGAGGUUCUCAAGACUCGCUCGGCAGGGGACGACGGCAAGGCGGUCAAGAGCAAGGGAGACGCCCAGGUCCGGCGCGACCGCAUCGCACGGAGGGCGGCAAAGGAACUCAAGCAGGGCUAUUACGUCAACUUGGGAGUCGGCAUUCCUACCCUGGCACCUUCUUUCCUCCCUCCAGGCCAACAAGUCUGGAUUCAGUCCGAGAACGGCAUCCUCGGCAUGGGCGACUACCCCCUCCCCGACCAGGUUGAUCCAGACAUCAUCAACGCGGGCAAGGAAACCACGACGCUCGUCCCCGGCGCCGCCACCUUUGACUCGUCCGAGUCCUUCGGCAUGAUCCGCGGCGGCCACGUCGACGUAUCCAUCCUCGGCGCCCUGCAGGUCAGCGCCGCGGGGGAUCUGGCCAACUACAUGAUCCCCGGCAAGGUGUUCAAGGGCAUGGGCGGCGCCAUGGACCUCGUCUCGAACCCGGACAACACCAAGAUCGUCGUCGCCACCGAGCACGUGGCCAAGGACGGCACGAGCAAGAUCGUCCAGACGUGUACCUUGCCGCUGACGGGCGCGCGCGUCGUGAGCACCAUCAUCACUGACCUGUGUGUCUUCCAGGUUGACCGCAAGCACGGGACGUUGACGUUGACGGAGAUUGCACCGGGAGUGGAGGCGGAAGAGGUGAAGAACAAGACGGACGCGGCGUUUACGGUGGCGGAAGACCUCAAGCUCAUGGAAUAGCGCGGGGGGGCAAUCCCCUGUUUGAUACCUUUGUCACAAGCCAGGAGGAUACGGUUGAGUUGUGGAGCGCAUGGC